AUGCUGCAGCUGUGUGAAGUCAGCAGCUCCCUGCUCAUCAGCAACGCGCGCUCCGCCUGCAGCGAGGAGCUCCUCCAGCAGGAGGCCGUGACGCUCUGCAUCAACGUGUCCCGGCAGCAGCCGUUUCCCUCCGCUGGCGCCGUCGCCAAGCUGCGGGUGCCCGUCUACGACGACCCCGGCGAGGACCUGUACGCCCACUUUGACCGCUGCGCCGAUGCGAUCCAGACGGAGGCGGAGCUUGGAGGGCGGAGUCUUGUCUACUGCAAGAACGGACGCAGCCGCUCGGCCGCCGUCUGCAUGGCGUACCUGAUGAAGCACCGGGGGAUGACCCUGAGCGAGGCGCUGCAGAGGCUGAAGACGGCCCGACGGGUCGUCGAGCCGAACCUCGGCUUCUUAUCUCAGCUGCAGAGGUACGAGCACGAGUUGAAGAGGAGCCGAGGACCGUCCUGAUCCUGGACCAGAGACCCAGCUCUGAAAGACCACGCGCGAGACCAGAACCAGCAGGAGCAGAAAUGGACAAAACAAGGACGACAGAAUUUAUUUUUUUCUUACUGAACGUAUUUUAAUAAGAUGAAGAAAAUAAAAAAAAAAUG